AUUGAGUAGCUGGGAGAGAGGGAGAGAGAGAGAGAGAGAGAGAGAGACGGGGAUAGAGGGAUACCAGGAAUAAGGAGGAAGGGGGAGACAUGGGGGGAGGCACUGGUACAUAAAUUCCUAUAAACACAGAAACAGAGUAGCUCACAUCACUGGCAGAUCAUCUCCAUGGCAAGACAAUGGAAAGCAGACAGACCUUGAUACAUUGUAACAAAAAAAAAAAAAGAUGUGCAGGAUGUUCAGAGUGACCUUAUAGAAAGAUUGGAUGCUGCGCUCCGUAGAUUGCACAAGAUGAUUGACAUCUAACCAGGCACAGCACAGGACAUGCAAAGAAAUAUAUACAGUCUAUACACAGAUCUGCAAGCUGGCAGCUGGCAGGAGGUGCAGGGGUGCUGUACACAUGAUCCCCUGUCCCUAGGUGACUUUUGACCUGGUGAUCUACUGUACCUUGCUGUUGGUCCCAAGGAUUUCUGUGUUGUCUGGUUUUUUUAUUUAUUUUGGAGAUUUUGUUUUUUCAUGGACACAAAAAGGGGGAGAGAGGCAAGGCGACUGAUGUGCGGCUAAAUCUGCAGUUCCUGAACUUUCAGUCUGGCAUCUGGGAAACUAACAAAAAAAGGAUCAAGGACCAGGCAGCAUCAUACAGGCUACAACGCUGGAUCUCUGCUUUUUUUUUUAUUUUCUUGGGUGAUGGAAGGCUAAAGCUACUGUGGACGUUUGAUUGGCAGUGCCAAGGUGGUGUGGGCCCCCUUUGAAAUUGCCCUUUGGGGAGAGAGGGUGUGAGGGGGAGAAUGAAGCAUUUCGCUGCGUCCGAGAAGCAUGAGGUGGCACCCGUACACCCGCUCUGACUGGGCAUGGCUGGUGCUGACUUGGUUGUCUGUAAUGCUCUGUUUGGCAACCGCCACAGCGACACUUUCUAGGCAACAUGGCACGGCCACUUCACCUGGUCAGGCGUCACUGGAUUGGUUACUUAGCAACAGGGGCCCGUUUCAUGGAUCCCAGCAGUAUGUGGACUUUGCAGAGCGAUACCAACAAGGCUAUACCACCAGGUAUCGAGUUCACAGGGAGUUUGGUCGCUGGAAAGUAAAGAACAUGGCAUUGGAAAGUAAGGAGUUUCCAAAUCUAACCUUGGCUCCAGAGUUUGUCCGGAACAUUCGUCAGUUGGGGAGGAGGCCCUCCGCCGCUCAGAUCACAGAGAACCUGAUAAAAAAAUAUGGCACACACAUUCUCAUUUCUGCUGUGCUCGGAGGUGAAGAGUCUCUCACCAUGUUUGUGGAUAAGGGGAGGCUGAAGCGAGAGGCGGGAGUGCGUGGCAAUGCAUCGUCCCCUACAUUGGACACUCUACACCAGCUGGCAGCUUCAUAUUUCAUGGACCGUGAGAGCGCGCUGAGGCAGCUGCACCACAUUCAGAUCACCACGGGAGCCAUUAAGGUAACGGAAACUCGAACCGGUCCUCUUGGCUGCAGUAACUACGACAACCUGGACUCUGUUAGCUCUGUAUUGGUGAUGGGUCCUGAGAGCAAAGUCCAGCUUCUUGGGCUGCAAGCGCUGCUUCCUCAGUACUUAAGAGUGAGAUUUGUUAAGGCUGCACUGUCCUACAUUUCAUGCAACUCACAGGGAAGGAUGGAGUGCCAGGCAGGAGAAUGCUGGUGCCGCUGUGACGCUGCAUACCCACAAUGCAAUUGCCCAGCUGAGGACAUCCAUAUAUUGGAGAAGAGCCUAACGCAGACACAAGAGCAAGUAGCCAGUCAGAGUAAAGAGUUUGAAGAUUCUGCAGAAUUUCGGUCGUUUCUGAAGAAUUUGCCCACAGAUCGUUUCCUUAACGUCACAACGAUUUCCAGACUCUGGAAUGCAGACCUCCGCCUCAGCCAACGUUAUGAGCAGCUAAUAGUGGGCUUCAAGCAACUAUUAUCCAAGUCUCAGCGGCAAAUUCGUCGUCUGAUUAACCUGAGUAAACACUGCCUACGUCAGCCUCAGUACACACUAUUGCGGGAAAGAUCUGUCGCUUACUGGUGGCAUCGGAUCCAGUCUCUUCUCUACUGUAGUGGAUCCCUCAUGCCAGGCACAUUUCUAGAGGCGUCCCACAGCUGCACCUGCACUCUCCAGCAUCCCAACUGCCAGGGGAACAUUCCAUGCAUACAAGGUCCUGGCCCUUUGUGUUCCCUUUGUUCCACAGCUCACCCUGCCCAGUGUGCCAGCUGCAACCCAGGAUAUACUCUCUCAGCUCAAGGCCUGUGUGUGCCUUCAGUGCCUGAGUCCUCAGAACAUUACUUGGGGACAGAAGGUAGUUUGCAGGACUUGGAAGUAAAGUACUUGCUCCUUAAACGGGACGGACGCUUGAGAGCCCCGGCAUUCUUCAUCUCUGGAGAUCUGCGGCUUGGCAUGUGGUUUCAAAUGGGGGGCAGGAAGCGAAUGCUAUUGACCUGCAAGAGUAACAAACACUGGCCAAGUCAGCUCCACUUACUUCUAGGACUUUCCAUGCGCCUCUGCCUUGCCGGGAAUGGGACAAGAGACCCUCAAGUAACAGUUUAUGUUAAUCCCUUUGGAGGGAGCCACUCAGAAAGCUGGUUGCUGCCUGCUGGGGAACAAGGUUAUUCUAGUUGGGAGAAGACCUGGGACAUGGAAGGAGGAGACCGUUGCCAGAAUUGGACUUUAAUACUUGGCCACCGCUGGCGGUCAUUUUUUGAAACUGUCCAUUUUUACAUGAGAAGCAAUCCUCUCGAAGAGGAAGGGGAAGAAGAUUCAGCUGAAUGGACUGACAAACAGACUUUGGAUGACAAGUUGGAAGAUCCAGAGUAUGUCCGUAUUGAUGGUCUUCACGCUUUUGGCUAUAGCGUGCCCUUUGAUCCAGAAGCCAUCAGAGGCUUAGCUCAGCAAAUGGAGCAGCCUGGUUCUAGAGAAGGUGCACUGCUGGAAAUGCUAGAGCUGAGAAAGCGGGUGAAUUUCUUGUCCCCGCCAGGUAGCCGUAAGCUGGAUCUAUUUAGUUGCUUACUGCGGCAUCGGCUUAAAAUGAGCAGCAAUGAGGUGGGAAGAAUACAGGCCCAACUUUCAUUAUUCAGCAGCCAGCUACCUAACAGCUCAACAUACGAGACAGCAAAGCUCUGCAGCUAGAAAUUCCGACAAGUGGUUUAAUUUGCCCCUUUACUACACCAAGAUGGUUAAUCGGGCCCAGGAGGCAUGUACAGUGUCUAGUUUUUAUGAAGUCAUUUCUUUUAACCACUUCAGUAGUCUUGGAUCUGCAAUAUCUUUGUAUUGGAAUUGCAAAUGGAGCUUGAAAAAAUAGUUAAACGGCCAAGCAAAGGAUGCAAAGAGAAAUUCUAUCUUUAUAAUAUAGCCAAUGCUUACUAAAAUUGAUUGUGCAAAUAGAAUAAUGUCCAUCUUCUUAAGUGACAUUGAUGAAGUUCAUUGUGUAUGCAAUUCUGGCAAAUCAAGAGUAUCUAGUGGGGGGAGGGGGACAGAGCUGUGAUGGUGUCACCAAGAUAACAAAACUCUACAACUCAUCACAGCUAAAGCCAUAUUCAGAGGAGCCAACAAAUGAUGUCCAGUUCCCUGUAUUUCAAAGUAGUGGACCACUUGAAUAUCUUACCAUAUGGUGUCUCAAGAUGAACCAAGCAAAAAAAAAAAAAAAGAACUUAAAAUGGAAGAAAAUAAACAUGUAGUAUAAGGAUUAUUUUCAAAAAGUGUCAAAUUUAAAUGUACUUGAACCAGCUGGGAAAAUAAAACUGUAGAAAGCUGGUUAUUUAUACUUUCACUGUUGGCUUAAACUAACAGUUCAACUAUCUCCUGAAAAAAGCCUUAUUAUUGUCACCAGUAACAUUUACAACAGUGUGCUUGAUCUGGUACAAAGGGGGUUAAUGGAGCUUAGUCGUUGAUUAUAAAGGGUCAUACAUUUGCAAAAACUGACAAAAAAGCACAAGAAAAUAUAAGACUUUGCAGUGACCACUGUGUGUUGAUGUUUUGAAUAAGUACACAUUCUGAGUGUGUCUGUGUGGACACAAGGUUUAGUGUGUGAUUAGGAAUAUCCAGGUCUUUUGUGUGUAUGUGCUUAAGACAAAACAAGAAGGGGAGCAUUGUAGUCCCUAACGCAAUUUAUAAUAUUUAAUUUGUAUGUAGACCUGGUAAUGAAUGCAGAUUUGUACCGGCAGAACACAAGCUCAUUGAACGACUGUCUCGAGAAUACAGCCUAUUUUGAAAUAUCUGUAAGCCUAGCAGAGAUAAUAUACAGUAUGCCUUCUUCAAGGUCAAGAGAAGCCAGUAUUGGCAUAUAGUAAAUAUAUUCUAUCAAUGGACACAGGUUGGACUAAUUAUGCACCGUUGAGCAUGACAAAAGAUUAUAGGUCAUUUUCUAAGCGAUUCGGCAAGUCCGUUUGUUUGAAUGUGCCAUAAGGUGAUUUAUAACCUACCUGUGGCCAUGUGUUUUCAGAUAUUUGUAUCUCAAGCAGGGCUCAAUAAAGACAAGGAAGCUUUUUA